CUAUGGUUAUAUGAGAAAUAAUUAUAUGGAAAUUCUUCUUUUAGUAUGCAUUGCGUUCAUGUUCAAUGUGAUUAUAUUAUGUUGUUCAUAUCAAGGAAUUUAUGUCAGAGAAACAUUCAGCGAAGUACAAUAAACCAUUUCGUUGUUCGUCCCAUAAAAGAUCACUGCUAUUCCUGGCAACGUAAAAAACUUCUUAGUCAAAAUAUAGUUGACCGCAGAAAAUUACAAUGUGUAACAUUGCAAAAAUGCUACUUUCGCACUACACAAAGCUUACAUAUUCCACCGUUUGUGGCAAUGUUUUUACGUCCUGUUUUACGCAUUGGUGCAUUCCUGAUGGGCCGUACAAUAAAAAAAUGGUGGGCACGCAAGUCCGAAAAAGAAAAGGAGGAAUACAAACAAUGGGCCAAAGAUAGGAGUAAUAUAAUUUUAGGUUGCUUUGGACUUUAUAGUCUUAUAUUACUUAUUUACUAUGUAACACAUCUCGAAACUAAUCCAUUGACAAACCGUUCGAGAUUUAUAGUCUUUAACAAGGAACAGGAGAAACAAUUAGGGGAGAUGGUUCUUGAAGUUCAUUUAGAAGCUCAUAAAAAAGAUUUAGUAUCUAAGACUCAUCCAGCUUACAAGAGACUCUUAAGAGUGAUUGAAAAAAUUUUGAUAGCUAAUGAAGAUUUAAAGUCAAUAAGAGAUACAAAAUGGACUUUAUCAGUUAUCGAUAUGCCAUUAUCAAGUUCAUAUAUCUUGCCAGGUGGAAAUAUAUUCAUAUCUUUAGAUAUCUUAAAAAUAAUUGAAAAUGAUGAUCAAUUAGGUAUUGUUUUAGCUCAUGAAAUGGCUCAUUCAUUGCUCUCACAUUCACUUGAAGCAUUGUCUGAUCAAUUAUUGUGGGACUUUUUGAUAGCAAUACCUAUAUUAUUAGUUUGGGCUUUAUUUCCUGAUAUAACAGCUGCUAUAAUUCACAUGAUAGGAGAACGAAUGGUGAAUAUUAUGUACAAACUGCCAUAUAGUAGAGUCUUGGAGAAUGAAGCUGAUGAAGUAGGACUUAGAUUAGCUGCAAAGGCUUGUAUUGAUAUUCGUGAAGCAGUUGUAUUUUGGGCUACAAUGAGGACGCUUACGGAAAUGCAUCUCUUGCCUGCAGAACUACCAUGGAUAUCAUCACAUCCUAGUCAUGGAGACAGAGAGAAGAAGUUGAAUAAAAAAAUGACACAAGCAAUAGAAUUACGAAAGAAUUCAGGAUGUCCAGAAUUACCUGCAGUAGAUCCAAGAAACAAGUUCUACGAACGAUCAGCAAAGGAACAGGAAAUUUACUUUAGACAGAAAGGAAUCAUUGCAUAAGGAUUCAAAAAUGAAAUAUUUUUAUCAAGUUAACGUGCCUAUUCAACAAAUAAAGUUUUUCUAAAAGUUAA